UAAAGAUUCUGGAUUCUCCUCUAUUGACUCUCUUCUUUAUUCUUCCUUCUCCUCCUCUAUCUUUCCCUUCCACAUGCCCCUCCACCUUCCCCAUCGUUGUGGUAGCCGUCCCGUCCGAUUCCACUUCGUCGUCGUCAGCAACAUCGGCGGAUUCCCUCGAAAAUCAUCUUCUCCCUCGAAUCGAUCUGGAGGAAUAUCAAAAGCGAUGGGAAGCUAGCGGCUGGGGAUCUGAGGCCGACCAUUUCGUCUUCUCUCCUCGUCGUCCACUGCACAUCCUCCGUCCAUGGCAACCUUCGUUGUUGCCAUCUGUCGUCAUUUUCAUCCCUUGCCGCAUUCCUUCUUCGCCUCUCCUCUCCAAUCGACACCAGCCCUCGUCGUUGCCAUCGUCCCUAAAAAUCUAAUCUCAAGCGAAAUGAAAGUAGCGAAAAGAAAGCAGGUUGAAUCCAAUCGACUGGUCGCUAGAGAGGUUCAUGAUUCUCGGCCUUCUUGUUCUAGGUCAAGUAAGCGGUGACUGGAUCUGGGAGUCAUGGUAGCGGUGGUGAGUGCGGCGAUGUUGAGCCCGACGUUGGUAUUUGUUUCACGACCCGUCGUCUCCCUCCGCUCCAUCAACUCCGUCGCCUCACUCUGCUUCAUCGACUUGGCCGUCGGACACACACCAGAUCCAAAAUCCCCAUUUCAUCUUGGUGAUUGGUCUCGGCAAAUUUAUUUGGGUAAAGGGAAAAAUAUAUUCCAGGAAGAGGAAAUGGAAGAUGCAAAGACUCCUUUAGAUUCAUUCCCACUCGUUGUUGAUGUUCUUUUCGCGGGACGGACGUUGUCGGCGAUGCCAAAGACGAAAGAAGGAGAUACAGGCGAAGUGGGAAGAAUAAUGGCCACGGGAGGGGGGUUUUCUUGUUUUUAUUUUUUAGUUAUUUUUUUAGUUUUUUAUUGGCAAAUAAUUGAUGUGGCAGCCAUGUCAUAGCCACCUCAGCAUAGGAUUUUGAGUCACUAACAGAAAAAUACAUUGACCGUCAGUUUUGACAGUCAACAUAAAUUUUGGGCCAAAUCUGUCCAUUAAUUUGAAAAGUAGGUCAGAAAUGUCUUAUUAAGAAAAUUGGGCCAAAACUGACACUUACGCUAAACUUCGGGCCAAACUAGGGUAUUAACCCUAAUAUUUAAUAAGCUUCUGAAUAGUUUGCUUAUGAUUUCUAGCUUUGACCAUUGAAAUAAACUUGUAUCCGCAUCUCCCUCAGUAAUCCGUCCAAUUCCUGACUUUUGCUUGAAAAAAUUCUCCUCUACACUUUGCAACUCCCUACACAAAGCUAUGAAGGAUAAGAUAGAACACUCAUUAGCAUAAUUUCCAGCUUAUCUUCAGCUCUCUUGUUCUCAAAGAUAACUCAAAAACAUAAGUCUUAUUCAAACUCUUAAACUUGUCAUUAAGUACUCUCAACUUCUAAUAAAGAAUGAAAUAAGGCACCCUAGUAGCCUCAGUACACCAUGCUUCCUUCAACUUAUUUAAGUACUGAGGGUGUUGCCUCCCAAAUGUGAAAAAUUUGAAAGGCUUUGGCAGUGAAUCAACCAAAUGACCAGUUUGAACAAAAAGACCACACUAAUCUGACACACCUUGAGCCAAGGUCUGAAUUAAACUAAGUUUAAAAUUAUCCAACCAAGCAUCAAUUACCAAAGCACGAUCAAUUCUACGAGCAAUAGGAUUAUUAGACUAUUUUUUUCACCAAGUGAACCAUGAGCCAAGAACCUUAUUAUCCACCAAUUUCAUAUCCACUAUCCAUUUCCUAAAAUAUGAUGUGCUUUGAUUCAACACUGGAGUAUUAAAAUCCUCAAAGCUAUCAACAAUAGCAUUGAAAUCAUCACAAAAGAUUCAAGGCUCACUAUUGACGGGAUAUCUUCUCAACUCUUUAUACAAGGCUGCUCUUUCAUUGGUUUUGUUUGGACUAUAUAUUGUUGUGAUCACACAAGACUCGAUACCAGAUUUAUGUCGUAGUUGUACAUAUUUUACACCUUUAUAUCUUGAUUGUUUGACUUGGUAAUCGCCAUUCCUCGACCCGUUUUACGCUAGGUUGUGUUUUUAAAAAUCAUAUUUCAGUUUCUAUUACGUGUGGGAAGUUGACUUGCUCUGACUAUCACAAUAAAAUCCCACCUAAGGUACACUAUUAUAAACCUUAAAUGGGUUCAAUAUAGGGCAAGUAUGUUUAAAUAUCGACCUGGCUGGCUCAUGUACCGAAACUUCGACUGUUUGAAAAAUUAUCUAGCGGAUUAGUUUUGGUGAAAACAAAGGUCUAAAACUAAAGUACUUUGCAAGGGUAAAAUGGAUUUGACACUAAUUGAGAAGGCUUCACCUAGGUGUUGCUCCCCCAGCUAACAAUUACGAUUUGAAGAAUCAAACGACCGUGUUUGGUUAGGGGGUCAUAAACCGCAGGGAUGUCUAACAAGUAACCAAGGCUACCCUCUUAGUCUCUAGAUUGAGGAAAUGGGAUAUGAUCCAAGUCGCUAAUGCGACCCUCUCAACCUAUCAACUAAGGAAUGGUUAGACUUCACCCUAGAAUUGGAGUAGGAAACGGCCACCCACAACCAAACCCUAAGUGCUAAUACAAAAUAGGAGGGUUGCCCUCAAUUAACCUAUAAUAGGAUGCCUGUAAUGCCCAAGGGAACCCAUCUCUAAUAGAGCCUCUUAGGUUAAGGAGGGUUCUCUCUAAACUUGUGUAGGAGGCCUUGAAUGCCCAAGGAAACGCAACUCAAAUUGAGCCUCUUUAGAUAAAAGAGGUUUCCUCUCUAAACUAGCCUAGGAGGCAUGCAAUGCCGAAGAACACCCAUCUCUAAUUCAACAUCUUAACCUAAGGAGGUCUCCUCUCUAAGUUAGGUCAACAUAGUACACACAAUCACCAUGAAAAAAUGCCUCCACAUUCACAUUAAACACAACCACACACAAAUCAUUCAAUUCAUACAAGCAUUCACAUAAUUGUAGCUAGGGUUUACAAACACCCAAGUGAAAGAAGGGACUACUCCAUGCUAGGAGAAGGGAAAACACAAGAGUGGGAAAGGAAAACCAUCAAGAAGAUGAAAGCCUUGCUCCUUGUGUUGAAGAGAUCCUCCUUUGGGAGAGGAAUUCCGAAAUCCUUGCUUGGAGAUGAAACCCUAACUUCUCCUCUUCUUUGGUUUGUCACUUUCUCACUCUAAAAUCUGAAGAAGAAGAAGAAGAAGUUUCUCACACUAGGUCUCUCCCCCUCUUAUUCCUUUCAGCUGGCUCUUUAAACUGAGAUCGAGCCUAGUUCAUGGCUAUAAUCAAAACGCGUUCGUGAAAUCCUUAAGCUGGAUCAAAACGCAGUGUGUUUUGAUCCAUCUUAAGGAAUUCAUGGACGCGUUUUGAUGUUCACGGCCGUGAACCCAGGCCGUGAACUAGGCUCGAUCUCAGUUUAAAGAGCCAGUUGAAAGGAAGAAAGAGGAAAGGGAGGCCUAGUGUGAGAAACUUCUUCUUCAUAUUUUAGAGUGAGAAAGUAACGAACCAAAGAAGAUGAGAAGCUUCUUGAUGGUUUUCCUUUCCCUCUCUUGUGUUUCCCCUUCUCCUAGCAUGGAGUAGUCCCUUCUUUCUCUUGGGUGUUUGUAAACCCUAGCUACAGUUAUGUGAACGCUUGUAUGAAUUGAAUGAUUUUGUGUGUGGUUGUGUUUAAUGUGAAUGUGGAGGUAUUAUUCAUGAAUGAUUGUGUUGUGUGAAAGCCUAUCAAUCUAAUUGCCAUUCUAACCUAGGUAGAGAGAAAACACCCAUCCUUUCUUUGAAAGAGGCUUGAAUGCUGGGUUUUCUUGGGUAAUCCGUUGCCUCCUAGUUAGGUUAAUGCAGCGCAAACCUCAUAUUUUGUAUUAGCACUUAGGGUUUGGUUGUGGGUGGCCGUCCGAACUCCAAUUUGAGGGUGAAUUCUAACCUUUCCUUAGUUAACAGGUUGAGAAGGUCGCAUUAGCGGCUUGGAUCGUAUCCCAUUUUCUCAACCUAGAGAUUAAGAGGGUAACUUAGGCUACUUGUUGGACAACCUUUUCUUAGUUAAUAGGUUGAGAGGGUCACAUUGGCGGCUUGGAUCAUAUCCCAUUUCCUCAACCUAGAGACUAAGAGGGUAGCUUUGGCUACUUGUUGGACAACCAUUCCUUAGUUAAUAGGUCGAGAGGGUCGCUUUAGCGGCUUGUAUCGUAUCCCAUUUCCUCGACCUAGAGACUAAGAGGGUAGCCUUGGUUACUUGUUAGACUUCCCUGCGGUUUAUGACCCCCUAACCACACACGGUCAUUCGAUUCUUCAAGCCAUAAUUAUUAGCUGGGGGAGCAACACCUGGGUGAAGCCUUCUCAAUUAGUGUCAAAUCCAUUUUACCUUUGCAAAGUAAUUUAGCGUCAGACUUUUGUUUUCACCAAAACUAAUCCGCUAGAUAAUGUUUCAAACAAUCAAAGUAGCGGUACAUGGGCCUGCUCAGGUCGAUAUUUAAACAUACUUGCCCUAUAUUGCACCCAUCUAAGGUUUAUAAUUGGGCCUUAUGUUGGAUUUUAUUGUGAUAGUCAGAGCGAAUCAAGUUUUUGACGCCGUUGCCGGGGACUUCGGUCCGUUAUCAUGAAAAGAUUGUUUUUUUUGUUAAUCUAGCUUUUAAUUUCUAUUUUGUUACGUUGGAAAGUGUUUGCUUGUGCUAGACGUGCUGUUUUCUUUAAGUGUGUGUAGGGAGGUGCAUGACCCGGAGCAAUCCGAUACCUUUAACACCACUGGACGAGGACAUCAAUCGGACUCUCCGACUUCUAACUCGAGAGAGGGAGCAAGCGGAGUCAAGAAGGAGAAGUGAAGAAAAGGGACAACAAGUUGGUCCCGGAAUUGAAAGAAUUGAAGGAGAAGUUGAAGUUGAGAUAGCGGGGAAUCAACACCGAGGGAGCAGAGGAAGAUCCAAGGACUAUGGGAUAUUACAUGGCUCCACGGGCGGCGGAUAUCCAAUAUCCCAUCUUACAUCCACUCGUGGCCCCAACAACUUUGAAAUCAAGCCCUCUCUCGUGACGAUGAUUCAACAAAACGCCUACUUCCAUGGGCUUGGUCAUGAAUCACCACGAGAGCAUGUCGAAAGGUUUCUUGAGCUAGCGGGAAGCUUGAAGAUAAAUGGACUCCCCGAGGAGGCAUUGCGAUUCAAGAUCUUCCCCUAUUCUUUGGCGGUGAAGGCACUUCGAUGGCUCAACAACCAUCUGGCUCUAUCUAUCACCUCUUGGGACGACCUACUCAUCAACUUCAUGACCCGAUAUUGUCCUCCUUCUAAGAAGACCGAGUGGAGGAAGAAGAUCACUCACUUUGAGCAAGAGGAUGAUGAGACAUUGAGGGAUGCAUGGGAAAGAUUCUCUGACUACUUCCUCCAAUGCCCUCACCAUGGAUUCGAGGAGAAAUCUCGAAUAGAAACUUUCUAUGGAGGACUCAUUCAAGAUGACAAGAUCCUCAUCGACUCUCUUUUCCAAGGGAAGUUGAUGAACAUGACCCCUCCUCAAGUGACUGAUUUGCUCGAAGAUAUGGCUCUUAAGAGAUAUGAUUGGGGCUUGACAAGAAUUGGAAAGAUAAGCACCGAAAUAGGAGUGCAAAGUGUGGGAGCAAGUGCUCCACUUGAAGCGAAGCUUGACAAGUUGAUUGAGGUGAUCCUUGAGGACAAGAAGCAAGAAAAGAGAGUGGUCAUGUCUUGUGAUUGGUGUUCAAGCACUAAUCAUGAAAUUGCAGAUUGCCUAGUAAUGAAGGAGACAAGUAACCCCGAGGAGCAAGUGAGUUUCAUUGCCAAUGCUAGAGGGAAAAACCCUUAUCGCAACACCUACAACCCCUGGUGGCGCAAUCAUCCAAACUGCGCUUGGUCUUCCCCUACCAAUCCAAGACCUCCCGGUUUCCAAGGUCCAACGGGCAACUAUCAACCUCGACCAACCUUCAUUCAACAAAGGCCUCAAUUCCCAAACUCGAACUUCCUAAAACUAUACCAAGCACAAGGCGGUCAAGGGUUUCAACAAGAACAACAACAAGUCAACAAGUUCUCUAAGCUUGAAGACCUUGUGACCUCCUUUGUGAGUACAAGAUCUCAGAAGUUCGAGAAGAUUGAGCAAUUCAUGGAUGUGGUAACCUCCAAGUUUACCUCGGUUGCGGCGGGACUCCGAAGCCAUCAAGCAAGUCUCCAAAACUUGGAAGUGCAAAUUAGCAAUCUUGUCGGGAUCCUCACCAAGAUACCAAAGGGAGCCCUACCCUCUCAAACCAUUACCAACCCCAAGGAUCAUGCCGUGGUGAAUGCAAUUCAUUUGAGAAGUGGGAAGGUGACUCCGGAGGUUGUUGCCAAAGAAUUGAAUGAGAAGGAAGACACUCUACCCGAGGGUGAAGAAGAGGAAACCUCAGGGGGAAAAGAGAAGAGUGGCGAGGAAGGCAUCGCCGAUGCCACCACCUGUGGCCGAGUACAUGCCACCCCUACCUUUUCCCACAAGGAUGAACAAGGAAAGAUUGGAAGCGGUAUGUGGAGGUUUCAUGCAGAUGCUCCGAAAGCUCCACCUCAACAUUCCCUUCCUUUAAGCAAUGACCCACAUGCCAAGGUACUCGAGAUACCUCAAGGGAUUUCUCUCCAAGAAGCCGAAGUUUGAAGACCUCGCCAAUAUCACCCUAGGAGAGGAGGGCUCAGCCUUCAUCCUCAACAGGUUUCCCAAGAAGCAACCCGAUCCAGGUAGUUUCACUAUACCUCUUUGCAUUAGUUCUCAUCAUAUAGAAAAUUCCUUGGCAGAUUUAGGGGCGAGCAUAAAUGUGAUGCCAUUUAAGCUUUUUAAGAGGCUAGACAAAGGUGAACUAAAGACCACAAGGCUUAGUGUCAGAUUGCCCGAUCGCUCCAUCAUUAGUCCUAGGGGCAUAGUGGAGGACGUGCUAGUACGAAUGGAACAAUUCUGUUAUCUAACGAAUUUGUGAUCCUGGAUAUAAGUGAAGAUUCUGAGAUGCCACUCAUACUAGGACGCCCUUUCCUUGCCACCGCCAAGGCAUUAAUUGAUAUAAAUGAGAGAAAUUUGA